AUGAACAAUCGGAUGAAUUCUCGACCCCUGGCAUCGAGCGGCGCCAGACAGCGUGACGCCAACCGGACACGGCUAAAUCAGGCAUUGACACUCAAACUCCCCAUAACCCCAGAAACCUCAAACCCCAAACCCCAGGUCCUUAAAACCCCAGAACCUCAAACCCCAGACUCCAUAACCCCAAAACCUCAAAACCCCAGAACCUCAAACCCUCAGAACAAAACUCAAAAACCCCAGAACCUCAAACUCCCAUUACCCAAACCUCAAAACCCCAGAGCCCUCAGACCCUCAAACUUCCAUUACCUUCAAAAACCCCAAACCCAAACCCCCAAACCUCAAAACCUCAAAACCUCAAAACCUCAAAAACCCAAAACCCAAAACCUCAAAACCCCCUCAAACCCCCAGAACCUCAAAACCUCAGAGUCUCAGAACCUCGGGGCUGAAUAG